AAUAUAGUAAAGGCUCUGAAUGCAAUACUUUUAUGAAUAAAGGAAUAAAUGCGAUAAAGGCCCAAAAUUGUAUAAGUUUUAGUUUUAAAAGAUACAUGCAUUUUUAAAGUUCACACGGUACAAGACAAACACUGUCUGCAUUGCUAGCUGUUCUUUCUUUUUUGUGCUGCCUCAAAGAAAAGAUUAAUAUAAUUUUAAACUAUUGAUCAUAUUGAUAUAUUUGUAAAAUGAAAUGACUGUGUCAGCUGACUAGCAAAAAGAAAAUACACAAAAUUAUUUACUGCCCUCAAGUUGUGCCUCAUUGUUUUUUCCUCCCUGUAGAAUAUUAACACAAUAUUUUCUUCAAGAAUCCUAACGCUGAUCUUUUCCACACAAAACAGUUCAUAUUGACCACUGCUGUCAAGGUCCAAAGAGGAAAAACAAUUCUAAUAAUAAAAGUCCAUACAACAUAUAGCUGUUGUAUAGCUCCAGAAAGCUUGGAAUAUAGUGCACUUGUCAUUUGGACUUUAUAACAAAUUAUAUAUAUUUUUAAGUGCUUUUCUUCGCCCGGCCACUAGACGGCAGUAGAGCUGUUCAAGCUCCACAAAACCGUGGAAGGAGAGCACAUGUAUUUCCGGUGGUUGCUAGUGUGGGCAUGGUUACCAUAAGUCAUUUACACGCUUGGCGACAAAUCUAGUACAUUUUAUUUAAAAGAAAUGGUGCGUAAAUUGAAAUUUCACGAGCAGAAGCUCUUGAAGAAGGUUGAUUUUAUUAACUGGGAGGUUGACAAUAAUUUGCACGAGGUAAAAGUGCUGCGAAAAUACCAUAUUGAGAAGAGAGAGGAUUACACCAAAUACAACAAACUUAGUCGAAAUAUCAGAGAACUAGCCCAGAAAAUCAGGGACUUGGACGAGAAAGAUGGUUUCAGAGCUCAAAGCACAUCCCUCUUUUUGGAGAAAAUUUACAGUAUCGGUUUGAUCCCCACCAAACAGAAUCUUUCCCUUGCAAUUGAUGUCAGUGCAUCCUCAUUCUGCAGGAGACGUCUUCCCACAAUCAUGCUGAAACUGCGCAUGGCUCAGAACCUGAAGACUGCCAUAACCUUCAUUGAGCAGGGCCAUAUUCGUGUUGGACCUGAGAUUGUCACUGAUCCUGCAUUUCUUGUAACAAGGAGUAUGGAAGACUUUGUCACAUGGGUGGACUCAUCCAAAAUCAAACAGCAUGUCAUGAACUACAAUGAGGAGCGGGAUGACUUUGACCUUGUGAUCUAAACCUCUUGCAUCCAAGUAUGGGAAGGAAUUGGCUUGCCAGUAGAUGUAAUGGUCAAUGCAUCAAGAGCAGCUUUUAUGUCAUUAAUGUAAAUAAAUUGCACACCCUUUGAGAUAAA